AUCCUUGAAGGUGGACCUAAUGGUAGGCCUGUAAAAUAUGCAACAAUUGGUCAGCAGGUUUACCAUCAAUGGAUUUGUGAAAGCGAAACAAUCGAUACUUUUUGCAUGUUAGUUCACAGCUGCACAGUGGAUGACGGAAAAGGAGAUGAGGUCGUGCCUAUUCUUGAUGCGAAUGGCUGCGCAUUGGAUCGAUAUGUAUUGAACAACAUCGAAUAUCCUGAAGAUUUGGCGGCAGGGCAGGUAAAAAAAGCAGCGGAACAAAACACUUCAUCGUCAAACAAUCAUACAUUAAGCAACUUUUGUCGUCAACAGAAAAUUACAAGUGUCAAAAUCAUGACUUAUAUUUGUAAUGUGGUUCGAGCACAGAUCAUGGAGAACGAUUGA